AUGUCUCAAACUAAUUUGGAGCAGACCCAACUGGGAGCUCCCACUACCAACACGAACAUCAACGACAACGUUCUUUUGGAUAAGGAGGUCGACAAGGACUUGGCAGUCGAGCCUCCUAAGGAAAUCGACACUCGUUCGGGCAAAGAGUACAUUGCCAUGUCGGUUUUCUGUUUCCUCGUUGCCUUUGGUGGUUUUGUUUUCGGUUUUGACACCGGUACGAUUUCCGGUUUCGUCGCUAUGGACAACUUCAUUGAGCGUUUUGGUCAGCUCAAAAGUUCUGGUGAAUACUAUCUUUCCAACUCGAGAACCGGUUUGAUGGUUUCUAUCUUCAACAUCGGUUGCUGCAUUGGUGGUAUUUUUAUUGGCAAAGUCGGUGACAUGUGGGGCAGAAGAAUGGGUAUCAUGUUGGCUAUGGCUAUUUACGUUGUGGGCAUUGCUAUCCAGAUUUCUUCUGACGACAAGUGGUACCAAUUCUUCAUUGGCCGUUUUGUUACUGGUCUUGCUGUCGGUACUGUUUCCGUUGUUGCUCCUGUCUUUAUUUCCGAGGUUGCCCCCAAACAGGUCAGAGGUACUUUGGUCUGUUGUUUCCAGCUUUGCAUCACUUUGGGUAUCUUUAUUGGUUACUGCUGCACUUACGGUACUAAGACCUACGACGAUGCCAAGUGCUGGAGAAUCCCAUUGGGUCUUUGCUUUGUCUGGGCUGCCCUUUUGGUCUGUGGUAUGUUGAACAUGCCUGAGUCCCCAAGAUUCCUUAUGAUGAAACAGAGAGUCGACGAUGCCAGAAGAUCCAUUGCCAGAUCCAACAAGGUUGACAUUAACGACGAUGUUGUCGAGGCUGAAAUCAGAACCAUCCAGGCUGGUCUUGACAAGGAGGCUCUUGCUGGUAACGCCGACUGGAUGGAGUUGAUCAACGGUAAGCCAAAGAUCUUCAGAAGAGUCAUCAUCGGUAUCAUUACCGCCAUCUUGCAGCAGCUUUCCGGUAUCAACUACUUCUUCUACUACGGUACCACCAUCUUCAAGGCUGUCGGUAUGAACGACUCUUUCAAGACUUCCAUCAUUUUGGGUGCUGUCAACUUGGUUUCCACUUUCCCUAACAUUUGGGCCAUUGAGCAUUUGGGUAGAAGACUUACCCUCUUGAUUGGUUCCGUCUGCAUGACCAUCUGUCUUGUCAUUUACUCCGCCUUGGGUUCCGCCAAAUUGUACAUUGACGGUUACGACAACACCGAAGAAAACACCAGAAAGCCAACCGGUAACGCCAUGAUUUUCAUCACCUGCUUGAACAUUUUCUUCUUUGCUUCCACCUGGGCCGGUGGUGUCUACUGCAUUCUUUCCGAAAACUACCCAUUGAGAAUCAGAUCCAAGGCCAUGUCUGUCGCUACCGGAGCUAACUGGAUUUUUGGUUUCUUGAUUGCCUUCUUCACUCCAUUCAUCACCUCCGCCAUCCACUUCAACUACGGUUUCGUUUUUGCCGGUUCCAUGUUGUUCUCCGUCUUCUUCAUCUACUUCUUCCUUUGUGAGACCAAGGGUCUUUCUUUGGAGGAGGUUGACGAGAUGUACGCUUCUGGUUUGGCUGCCUGGAAGACUGGUGGAUUCGUCCCCGAGGCCGAAAAGACCGAGACUGCUUAG